CGUGACGAUUGCAUACAUUCGCAAAUAUAUCUCUCUUUUUCCCCCACUCUCUGUCUCUCUCUCUCUCUCUUUUUCUCUCUUUUUCUCCUUUUUUUCAAAACGUUUAUUGUUCUGGUGAUAUGUUUUCUUCGUUGUUUGCACGAAGCACAAUGUUUUGCAUUUAUGUACGAUGGUACGUAUCGAAUAUGUACCAUCUGUUCCGUUAAUUUUCUUUGUUACAUUUAUUCGAGACUUUUGUCAUAACAAGAAUAAUUAUGAACGUUUAUAAUAAAGAAAAUAUUUUGUACGUGUCUAAGUGAUAUGGAAUUUCAUCGAGAAAAGUUUUCAAAUAUUUUUUCGUCCUUUGUAAAAUGAUCAAAGUUUUAUGUAUGUGUGCGGAUAUGUGUUGUAGAAAUACACAAGAAGAUAGAAAAGAAAUUUUUGUCGAUUCGACGAUCGUUCUCGAUCGAUCUCUUUUCUCUUAUUUUUCUUGUAAUCCAGAUAUUCUUUCCUCAUAAUUUUUCUACACCUGUCCACGUUAUGAAAUUAUAUACAAACGUAUUACUACUGGCUCUCUCUUUCUCUCGACGCCAAUGUACCAAAGCGAUGAACGCUUGAAUUUUUCGGAGAACGGGUUCACAAUAGCGGCGCAACGAGCAGAAAGCUGGUGAGUCAGCCUCCAUUCUUCCCUCUCCUCUUUUCCUCUUCUUCCAUGUCUCUCUCUUUCGCACGUUCAUUGCUAACCGGCUUGUCCUGUCCUCUUCUGUCUCUCUUGGUCGAUGUCCCUCACUCUUACAGAUCUUCCUCGUCUUUCAUCGAAGAAAAGAGGAAUUAAAAGAUUUCAAAGAUGUCGGAGUAUUGCGAAUAUAUGUGGGAUCCGAGUGGUCACACAAGUACGUCACUUUCUCGGAGUAUUUACCAAGAAGAUGCGAAGUUGGACAAGCGAGACAAAAAGCUGGCCAUUAAAUCGGUCCGAGCAAUUCUCCGAGAGAUGCCGGAUGUGGACUUGAAACAUUGCACGGACGAAUAUAUUACGCGCUUCCUGCUCGCACGGAAGUAUCGGGCCGAGCAAGCAGCUGCUCUGAUAGCUGCUUAUCAAGCUCAGAUAGCUCAUCGACAGGAUAUUUUCGGUAAUCUUACUGCUCGUGAUCCUGCCUUGCAACGAGCUUUACGUGCUGGUAUACCCGGUGUUUUACCUGCUCGCGACAGGAAAGGCAGGUGUGUUUUAGUAAUCCUAGCUUCACAAUGGGAUCCUAUUGCAGUGCCAGCAUUAUCAGUUCAACGAGCUAUCUUUUUAGUCCUUGAAAUUCUAAUUCAAGAUCCAAGAAAUCAGCAAUCCGGUUUCGUUGCUGUGGUAGAUUGGAGUGGAUUUUCUCUGCGGCAAGGCGGUGCAUUAGGUGCAGCAGCUCUUCGAAACUUGAUAGCUGCGCUUCGUGGUCGAUUUCCGGCCAGAUUCAAGGCUAUACACUUCCUUUCGGCUCCUUUAUACGUUCAAGCUACUUUGGCUCUUGUUAAACCUUUUCUGGAUGAAAAGACUCGUAAUAAGAUUUAUCUGCAUGGAAAUAAUCUUAGUACUCUCCACGAGCAUCUCCCAACGGAUAUUCUACCUGCCGAAUUAGGGGGCACUGGGCCAUCCUUUAAUCCUGGUCUUUGGGCCGAGCCAGUCAUUCAUUCAGCAAUGAAGGAAGCUGAAUUGGCAGCUUUGAAAAAGGAAAAGGAACAAUUACAAGAUGAAAGAAAUGAGAAUGCUUCUGAAAGACUGACAAACUUUGCUGACGAUGACAAAGUCGUGGAAUCAAAGAACGUUGAAAAUUACAAAAGAAAUGAACCAGUUUUCGAAGGACACAAACACGAAAAAGAAAGUUUCAAGAGUUUUGGUAAAUCCUAUCGAAAUAAUGGAGAUGGGAAAAGCGUGGAGCUAAGUUUGAUUAGAACUACAGUUAGUUCUUUUGAUUCGAAAAAUGCGAACAAGAUAGAAGAACAAAAAGAUAGAACUCGUUUAAUAGAAGUUUCUGAAAGUAAUAAUGGUAAUGAAGUUAAAACUAAUGGUUUGGAUAAUAGAAUGGAUCAUUUAAGAGAAGUCGACGACUUGGCAUUACUCGAGUUACAAUCUGAAACGAAUUCGAAUGAAUUUGAAAUGAUAUCUAGUAGGCCCGACAGUGAAGAUAGCAAAGACAAUUCAUUAGAAAAUAGAUCGGAAAAGGUACUCAUUAGAACUGGUAAAAGUCAUACGCCAACGGAGGAAAUGAAUCUCAUUACGUAAAAGUGAUCUCUUUAUGUCGAUACUAAAUAUUUCCUCGAAGUAUGCGAUAAAGAUUCUAGAUAAAUAUUAUACAAUUAGUUUUGUAUGUAAGAUUUUUAAGUGACACACGGUAUAAUUGGAAAGAAAUAACGCCAAGUACAUUUGUCGAUACUUUGACGAUACAGUUGUUAAUGAACUUCUGUGAUGAAAGUGAAAGUAUUUUUUUUUCUUUGUAAUGUAUUACACGUACUUAUAUACUUUCUAAUAGGUGAUCCUUGUUCUUUUUUUUUUUGUGGACCAGUAUAAUAUCGUAGCUUCCUAAAAUAUAAUUUUUAUAUUAGAAAAGAAAUAAUGAAAAUUUGUUAAAAACAUAUCAUAAAUAUUUACUCGUACGACAAGGACUGAUAUAUGUAACACAUAUAUAUGCUUUUAUGCAUGCUUGUAUGAGGCUACGUUGAACAAUUUAUAGCCAAAUUGAAGCUGAUACCGUUUUUAUGAAGUUCCUGUAUUCUAUUAAUAAAAUUUUUAUUGCUUAUUUAAAUUGCUAUAAAUUUAGAUCAAAUACAUAGACCCCAUGCGUUUAAAUAUUUUUAAAUAUAUUAUCUACUUUAUAUGGACGUAUGGUAAGCUCUUUCUAAAAUUAUUAAAAA